GGUUAGGGCUAAGCCUAGCCACCCACCGGUACCCACUCCCAGCUCUUCUCGCCCGCCCCCUCACCACGGCCUCACGAACCAUCACCUCCGAUCGAUCAACCCGGCAUCCGACUCUCGACUAACGACCCCCCUCCGACAUGGGUGCCUACAAGUAUAUCGAAGAGCUCCAAAAGAAGAAACAAUCCGAUGUUCUUCGUUUCCUCCUCCGAGUCCGAUGCUGGGAGUACCGACAACUGAACGUCAUCCACCGGGCCUCUCGUCCAUCCCGACCUGACAAGGCCAGACGUUUGGGUUACAAGGCCAAACAAGGCUUUGUCAUCUACCGAAUUCGUGUUCGUCGUGGUAACCGAAAGAAACCAGUCAAGAAGGGUGCCACCUUCGGUAAACCCGUCCGUCAAGGUGUCAACCACCUCAAAUUCCAACGUUCUCUUCGAUCCACUGCUGAGGAGCGAGUUGCCAGACGAUGCGGCAAUCUCCGUGUCCUCAACUCCUACUGGGUCAACCAGGACGGUGUUUACAAAUACUACGAGGUCAUCCUUGUCGACCCAUCUCACAAGGCUAUUCGUCGUGACCCUCGCAUGAACUGGAUCUGCGACCCUGUCCACAAGCGCCGAGAAAGCCGUGGUCUUACCGGUGCAGGCAAGAAGAACCGUGGUAUUGGCAAGGGACACCGUCACAACCAUCAACCCAAGAACGCCGUCUGGAGACGACACAACACUCUGUCACUUCGCAGAUACAGAUGAUCUGUCUCACCGAAAACAAGUGUUAUUUCUAUGCUCCCAUGCGUUGUUUAUGUGUCUGAUCUUUAUGCCAAUUCACACAUGUCUCACCACUUGGGCCUAUCAACAUUUCUCCAAGCGGAGUGUUGCUUUUUGUCCCCUCUUUUUGCUUUCUCAUCCGGACCGCUGAGGUGUUCGGUGAAUUACGCGCAUGAUUCUAGCCCGGCGUGAUCCAUGCAGUCUCGGUCAACCGUAAGCAACAGACAACCGCGGGACUAAUCUGGGGUUUUACUCCGUGUUCCGAUCAAACAAUGUUUCAUCUCGUAGAUUGAGUGCAGUCAAACUUGUCAGGCCACACCCUUCUCAUUGUAUAAGCUACUUAAAGGCACAGGGAGC